CCGAGACUUGUUCCAAUUGCUCCUUCCCAAUCGUCACUCCUUUAUAGAGGCAUGCGGUGCUGAGAAUCGACUGGCGCUCUUUGUCGAUAAGCGACUCCUUGGACGCUUUGCGACCACUUUGGAACCACGACCGACGAUCACGACCCCACGACCUAUUUUCUUCGACUCCGUUGUGUAUACAUGAAAGCUAGCAGGGCUAGGAAUCUUGGUUAACAUGAUGAACGGCGUUGAGAAGCCAGUCCUCGACGAGGACGCCUUUGGCGCAAAGGCUGGAAGCAUGGUCAGCGCUUUUGACGCAUUCCCCAAGUCGAAACCUCAAUACAUCCAACGAACCUCGGGCGGCGGAAAAUGGACAGUCGCCGUGUCCAUCAUCUCCUUGAUCCUCAUCUGGGGUGAGGCCGCUAGGUGGUGGCGCGGCGCCGAGUCUCACAACUUCGAGGUGGAGGCGGGUGUCGGUCGAGAGCUGCAGAUCAACCUUGACAUUGUGGUGCGAAUGCAGUGCGAUGACAUCCACGUAAACGUGCAGGACGCAUCGGGCGAUCGAAUCAUGGCUGCGAAGCGUCUCCGUCACGACAAGACCCUCUGGUCACAGUGGGUUGACAGCAAGGGCAUGCACAAGCUUGGACGGGAUAGCCAGGGCAGAGUCGUUACUCAGUCUGGCUGGAACGAUUUGGGUUACGAGGAGGAGGGUUUCGGUGAGGAGCACGUUCACGACAUUGUUGCGCUUGGCAGGAAGAAGGCCAAGUGGGCAAAGACGCCCAAGGUCAAGGGCCGUGCUGACAGCUGUCGUGUUUAUGGAAGCUUGCACUUGAACAAGGUGCAGGGUGAUUUCCACAUCACGGCUCGAGGUCACGGAUAUAUGGGCAAUGGCGAGCAUCUCGACCACAAGAACUUUAACUUUUCGCACAUCAUCUCUGAGCUGUCCUACGGCCCCUUUUACCCCUCGCUCGUCAACCCCCUCGAUGGCACUGUCAACGCUGCCUCGGACAACUUCCACAAGUUCCAGUACUACCUCUCCAUUGUGCCUACUGUGUACAGCGUGGGAUCUAGGUCCAUCCUCACCAACCAAUACGCCGUGACUGAGCAGAGCAAGUCUGUCAACGAGCACUACAUUCCCGGAAUCUUCUUCAAGUACGACAUUGAGCCUAUCUUGCUGACGGUUCAUGAGAGCCGUGAUGGUAUCCUGACCUUCCUGGUCAAGAUUAUCAACAUUGUGAGCGGCGUGCUUGUCGCCGGACACUGGGGCUUCACCAUCAGCGACUGGGUGAAGGAUGUUAUCGGCAGAAGAAGGCGCAGCAGUGGUGGCGUUGGUGUCCUGGGAACCAAGGAGGGCUUUGAUGAGUAGAUUGCCAUUCUGAUAAUGGCCUACGUGUAUUAGAAAGGCAUUCAGUGGGAGAGCCAAGAAGAGGGAGUUUGGGCUUGGAGGUUGUGCAUAUCUGCCGCUUCGGAGUUUGGGUUAAAACAUGGGGUUUGGUUUCAGCAUUAUAAAGAGGAUUGGCGGCCAUCGCACACGCCAUGAUCAAUUGUUGACCUAUUGAUUUGUUGACACGA